CACUUUCGAUCAGACCUGUCCAAGUGUCAUGAACAUUUACGGGCUCAGAUCCACAAUUUUCUUGUCCUCCUGUCCCAUGAUGAUGAAAAAACUCCUGAUAUUUUACUCACCCAUGAAAAUGAAACGAAAAAACACGAUUCUAAUUUUGCAAGGCGGCCCUGAAGGGGCUCUGGGAACAGACCUUGCUAUUAAUGCAUGUGCUCACUAGAUGUCACUGUUGCUCAGUGGCAUAAUAUUAAUCUGGCAGCAAAUAUUGGUGUUUUAGAGGGCUGGUUUCAGGUGGUUAAACUCGCACUUGGAACUCAGCUGUCUAAUAUCAGCUGCCCCCUUUGCCAUGUCCCCGGGGCAAGUGGAGUUGACCACUCUCUCCCUGGGCAUCCUCUGGCUUUGAUUUCCUGCAGAGAGGAAGAUGAGUAUUCAGACCAGUGCUCCGAAUACACAGCGAGCCUUCCCAGGUGUGUGCAGAGGCCCCGGAGCUUGGCCAUCCGUCCAUUCCCCAUGGGCUGCAUGGAGGAAGGAGGCAACUCCGACGUGUUCCUAGAUCUGCAGCAGGCUGUGACCUCUCUGGAGAACGCCGUGUUCUCCCGGCGGAGCCGUGCUCAGCUGCUUGGAAGCGCUGGUGGGGAGACGGGCGCGGGCGGCCCUAGCGUGGCGGGGGAGGAGUGGGCCCAGAUAGCCAAGACCCUAGAAGAGCUAGAACGAGGCCUGGGGGGUCUUGCGGGACUCCCGGAGGACAACGAGAGCGGUCCCUGGAAGGGAGCACCCAGGGCACCGGGAGAAAAGACGAGCGAGGCCAGCCCAGGGCUCUCAGCAGAGGACAUGAGCUGGAUCAAGAAUGAAAUAGCCACAUCCGCAGAGAGGAAUGCGGCUCUCCGGGUGGCACUAGGGAGAAAGGAGGAGGAGCUAAGCAGGUCCAAGGUCACCCUGCAAGCAUUCCAGGAGGAACGGGAGAAGCUCCAGAGAAAGGUCAAGGAGCUGCAGGACUCACUGCUCAGAAUGGAGACGCCGUCCCAGCCCUGCAGCCCCUCAGCAUCCGCCAGUGACACUGUCAGCACCAGGGGGUCCGUCAGCCCCAGCGGGGAAGGGGAGCCCUGGCCAUUCCAGGACCCAGUUGCCGCGGCCCAGAGUCUGAUCCGGUGCUUUCAGAGCUGCUCCAGCACCCAGCACCUCUGCCGCCUGUUCCCUCAGCACCGCCCCCUGGCGUCGGAGAGCCACGUCAGGGAGUGGGAAGCUCGGACACAGCAGCUGCGAGGGUGCAUCGAGCGACUCAAAGGCCUGAACCAGCUGCUCUCGGGGACGCUGCAGGAGUGGAAAGGCCACACGGAGCGGCUCAGCAUGCUGCUGGGGCAGCACGAGUCCAACAGCACAGCCCUGCGCCUGGCCGCGCAGUACAGCGAGCGCUGCAUGGAGGCCUACGAGGUGCUGCUGCCCCUGGCUGGGGUGAAGCUGGGGCCCUGGCUGGAGCCAGUGGAGGAGGGAGACGCCCUGGACAAAGGAGAGCCUGGGGCGCGCGCCCCCAACAGCCCCGGCGGCAGGACGGAGGCCGUGCUGGACGAGGCCAGGAGGUUCCUGGGGAGAGCGGAGCCCGAGGGCGAGGAGGCUGGGUCGGGGCAGGACGGGGCUGCCGGGACCCGUGGAUGGAAAAGCAGCACCCCCAGCCCUGGGGCCCAGGGGCCUGGAGGGGCAGAGGAGGGGAUCCUGUACGAGUACAUCCGGCGGCUGCGAGCAGAGCAGGCCUCCGUGGAGGUCUCCCUGCUGGAUCUGGGCUGCCAGGCGGCGCCCAGUUCUGCCGGUGCUGUGAUCCAGAGUAACGACGCCAUCAAGGCCAUGGUGGACGAGGCCGUCAGGGUCGCAGGCGGGGUCCUGCCCGGGGAGACACCAAGGCCAAAGAUGGAGAAGCCGCAGCUGCUGCAUGACUUAGUGGCCAUCAGGGAGGCAAUGGCGGAUCUGAAGACCCGGCUGCACCUGGCAGAGAAGGAGACGCGAAGCCUGGAGCUCUGCACCUACAUGCACCGGGCGCAGGAGGCCGCCCAUCUGCUGCUCAUCGAGCACCUGCAAGGGGAGCUGGACGAGCAGCGGGGCCGGUGCCCCAGCUCCGGGAGCAGCAGCAGCGGAGACAGCACCAGCUGCAGCAGCUGCCUCGGGGAUGUGGGGAGACGGGAGGCAGAAGCGGCAAGACCCCAGGCUGCCCUGGAUCGGGAGACAAUGAUGCUGGAGCUGAUUGGGACGCUAGCCCGGAGCAGGGAGCUGAGGGGCCAAGCCCAGGGCCUGGCGGCCUCCCUGGAGCAGCGCGGCGCAGCCAGCCGGGUGCAGCGGGCCCAGUGCAUCGGGAUCACCAGAGACUUCUUCCAGGCUCACAGUGCCCUGGUGCUGGCCUACAGGAAUGCCAGGAGGAAGCAGGAGGCUCAGCUGCAGAGGCUGGAGGCCCAGAUGGGUGCGAUGGGCGAGCGGCACAGGGAGCAGCUGCGCUCUCUCACGCAGGCUGUGCAAAGGCUGGAAGAGCAGCGCAUGGCGGCGGCUGGCAGCGAGACCUGCAUCUAGGGCAGAGCCACGGCGGGCAGCGGGGGUGGCCGAGUCCCUCCCGUGGGCGUGCAGGGGGAGACCAGCUGGCAGGGCCCAGGGUCGCCUCUCCAAUCCUUGGGGAGCUGGGAGCAGAGGGUCUUCUGUUGGUUGAGUUUAUUGCUCAUAAAUCACAACCCGUGGCCCCCUGCUAGCCUAGCCCUGGGGUCCCCACGCACAGUUGUGCCGAUGCGCCCCAGCCUGUCCUGGUUUCCCACACAGAAAGCUGCUUCUGCCACUGGGCCAAGCAUUGGGGGGGAGGUUAGUGCCUGGGUGGUUUAUUCUCGGUGCUGAGCAGGAAGGGUUAAUAGCGGGGGGAUUGUACAGGUGAAUUGGGUCGGGUUUUGGUUCGUGCUGGGCCCAGGGACU